GGUUCCAACCAGAUCAAAAUUCAAAAGUUCAUCUUUUCUUCUCUAACCACCUUUCUCUUUACCCUCUUUCGGAUGAAUACUAUAUAACAGCUAACAAGCUUCUUCAGAGUUGCACUCAGCCCGUGAUCUUCUCCUUCUUCCCUUAGGCCAUAAACUGAUCAGCAUGGAAAGAAACAACCAAUCGUACAAUUCGUCCAGGUGCACGAAAAUCCGGGAAGCGCUGGCAAACAGUUCCGCCGUGCGAGCCAUUCAUCGCAUCUCACACUAUCAUCACCAAGAACCUUCUGGUUCUCCAUUGCCUCAGCCUCGCCAUAUCAGAGGAGAUUAUAAUGAUGAAGUAAACGGGGCAGUUCCCAUCAAGUUCGUGGAUCACCCAGACCCCACUUUCAAUGGGCAGGCCCAAGUAGGCAAAGUUGCUGGCAGGAUCGAACCUGAGCGACCACAUUAUGCUUCUGUGAAUCGAGCAGCCGCACGCAAAGGUGAACAGAAAGGCAAGUCUGCGGCGCAGGAAUUGGAGCAUCAACAUGAGAAGAAGGAUAUGAAUUAUAUUUUCGGUGAGUACAUUCAAAGGGCUAGAGAGAAAUUAAGAACUGUGUCCAACAUUGGGAAGGGGCAUCAUAGCAAGCCUGCACAAGACGAGGCUAGUGUGAAUGUUGCCAAGAAAAAGGAUACCCACAAAGAUCAAAUUUCUGAGUUUAUUAUCCGUACUAAGAAGAAGAUCAGAACUACUUCGAGCAUUCGAUUCGGAAAGAAUGAGUCCUUGAGAAGGGGGUAAGAUAUUGAAUGUGUCUGUUACUGAUGUUGUUAAUUAUGUGGUUUGCGCAUCUAUCUUUGUUGCCGAUCAGGGAUUAAAAAUAAGGCUCUGCCAGGGCCCUGACAUGUUUAUUUCUAUACUUUCUAUUCAAUUUGAGGUUGUGGAGUUUGACAUUUAAUGUUUGGUUGGGGGGAUGAUUUGGAUAUAUAUAUCUCUAUAUGUAUAAUGAUUGUAAAGAGAAGGAUGAAUAAUUCAUGAUUGUACUAAAUAGUUGGUCGCUGUUGCUGCAUCUCAGAUAUUCACUAGUUACUUGGUCCAUUCCUUUCGAUGUUGCUGCACAUUGUAACUUCUAACUUUUGCUGAUCACACACAGUGUGUACAAGUAUAUCCUAUCAUUUGAUUGUGUGUUAUUGUUUUCAUGAUGAGGAGAUGGUUGCUAAUAAAUAUUUGGGAAUUUAAAGGUA